AUGCCCGACCCUGGCCCAUUGCGUGUACGGAGAAGGACAACGAAGGGCGCAUCAGAUCCCGUCCUCCUCCGCUGGAUCUACCCUAAUCUUACAGCCAAAACACAGGGUGCUGCGACUGUUCCAUUGCAGCCGGCCUAUUACAAGCUUACGGAUUCUGAGACUCCCUACUUCGACUAUUUCCGAGUGGUUGUAGCCACCGAUUUGGGCACACAGACUUAUGGCGUCUCUGAAUUUUGGCACCGGACCGUCCUGCGUGAUGCGCUGCAAAACCGGUUCGUCCUCGACGCCGUCAUUGCGAUUGGGGCAUUGUCCCGAGCUGUCAAAUCACGCACGACAGGCUACGACACCGACUGUAACACGUCGUUGGACAAUGGCGAUUACCACAUGCACUAUUCCCGAGCUCUAGUGCACUAUGCAAGGGCCCUCGCAAAGUAUCGAAGCCUUCUAGCUAAAGAGUCGACGGCCACGGUGGCACCACGAAAGAUUCUCAUCGCGACUUUGCUUGUCACAGUUUUUGAGGCUAUGCAGGGCAAUGCAUAUGGUGUCGAUGCCUUUACUGCAAAAGGCAUUCUGGUGCUGAAGGAUGUGAUCAUGCGUACGAAAGCGAAUAGCACUACCUCCCAUGCUGCAUCUGCGCUGGAUGAUCAGGGAGUCGAGGAUGCUGAAUUCUAUCUGGCACGUCGGGCAGCUGUGGCAUCUUUGUUAUCUCCACUGUAUCCUCAGAGUAAACGAAGCGUCAUGCACUUUCGCCAGUUCUUGGACGAGUCCCCAAGUCCUCCAGAGCUAUCCCAGAAUAUGGAUACCUUUAAUAGCGUUUACAUGCGAUUUCUUACAUUGACGCUCAUCUGGCUCAAUCGUCUUGUGGAUUUGACAGCGUCAGCCCAACUAGCCGAAAUGCUCCCUAAGUACCGGCUCGAGCAGAAAGUCGUGAUAUCCAAAAUUUCAGAAUGGCUUGGUGCCGUCUACGCUCGUCUUCAUGCUACGCCAGAUCCUUCACAGGACCCAGAAGCCGACCCCAAAGACUGGGUGACCCUACAGCUGAUAGACAUUGGAACGAAAUUAUGUUAUGUAUCAGCUGUAACCUUUUUCGAUCCGAGCCGUAAGGAACUGUCAUCACACCAAUAUACGGGGGGCUUAGUACGGCAAUUGAGGCUUGUAUUGAAGACGAAGGUCUCUUCACCUUACUUCCAGAGAACCAUCCACGAGCGCCUGGCCUUUUCGGCGGCUAAUCUGGCCCGUGAAUGCCGAGAUUCGGAGCUGCGGACAGAAAUCAUAGAUCUAAGCAUGGAAAUUGCCGAUCUAGGAAUCAGCGCGGAUAUGAAGGCCGCCUUACUGGGUUAUCUGACUCUUGCCAAGGUCGAAGAUGGGUAUAGAGAUAAGGCCGGGUGUCUACCGGAGGCAAUGCAGCACGACUGGACAUCCGCCUUUUGGGAUAAGGACCAUACUGUGCUCCACAUCACCAUCACUGCGAGAUAUCCUACUAAGCACAAUCCUCGGCUAAAGAAAUUUGCACUUCGAGCGAGAGAAUGCGGCCUACGCUAA